UCCUAACCAAGCCCCAAAGUUUUAUGAGAAUACCGUCAGCUACCUACUCCAGCUUGCUCCUGUUUGUGUAAAGGGUCUUUUCAUAUGCAAAAGAAGGGGGAUGAGGGGGUGUCUUAUUUCCCACUUGCAGUGGGCUUUCCAGCUACCUUUUCAACAGAGCAAACUGAGAGCUUCUAAAAAAAAAAUGAUAAAUAUCUUUGUAUACGGUACCCUUAAGAAGGGGCAACCUAACUACCACAUUAUGACAAAUGGUGAGCACGGAAAAGCUGUAUAUAAAGGAAUAGGCAAAACCGGAGACAAGUAUCCCUUGGUAAUUGCAGAGAAAGGCAACGUUCCAUUUUUGCUGAAUGUCCCAGGAACAGGACACCAUAUUAUUGGAGAGAUAUAUUCUGUUGAUGAGCACCUGCUUCAGUUCUUGGAUAAAUUUGAAAGCUGCCCAAACAUGUACCAACGUACUCUCAAGGGGAUUCAAAUACUAGAGUGGGAAGAUAAAGAUGGCUCACCUAUAGAGGAAGCAGCUGUUAACAGCGUCCUAGAGUGUUUUGUCUACAGCACAACAAGCUAUCAGCCUGAGUGGCUUAGUCUACCUUAUCAUGACUGUUAUGAUUCUUUUGGAAAGCACGGCCUGCGCUUUAUUAAUCACCUGGAUAGAUAAUAACAAGUGUACACCAGCAUAAUAUACAGUCAUCAUCUAAUAAUGUACUAUAAUAAUAUUAAGUCAUAUACUUUGCAGUCUCACUCAUCCCAAAAAGGCAAUAUUUAAUGAUACACAAUAAAAUAUGUAGUUAAGCUCUUCAUUCAUUUAUGUAACAGGUUUUAAUUUAUCAAAUUUAUUAUAGAUGAAAAUGUGAACAUCACAAGGUUAAAAUGUAUAAAGAGUCAUUUGUCAAGUUUAAAAAAUUGAGGCUCAGAAAAAUGCAAACAUAGUUUGAAAUAUUUGGCUUUUUUUGUACCUUAAUAUAUUGAUAUUGGUAUUGUGUAUAUUCUGCUGCUCUGAUUUUGCUGUAACAAAUUAAAUUAUACCUGACCGAACAUAA